AUGGCCGGCCUGGAGGAUGUUUACUGCACGCUGGUCUUGACCGACGCAUAUCUGCCCGGAGCGGCGGUGUUGGCCCACUCCCUGCGCGACGGCGGUACGAAGAAGAAACUCGCAUGUCUGGUCCUGCAGGAUUCCCUCCGUCCCAGCACCAUCGAGGAGCUGCAGUCGCUCUACAACUAUGUCAUCCCCAUCGAGCGCAUCGGCAACCCGCAACCUGCGAACCUUUAUCUGAUGAACCGCCCCGACCUGCUUUACACCUUCACCAAGCUGCACCUAUGGCGCCUGACGCAAUUCCGCAAGAUUGUAUACAUCGACGCCGAUGUCGUGGCGCUGCGGGCGCCGGAAGAGCUGUUCGAGAUCGAGGAAUCCUUCGCAGCAGCGCCAGAUGUCGGCUGGCCGGACUGCUUCAACUCGGGUGUCAUGGUCAUUGCACCGCACAUGGGCGACUACCAUGCCCUUCGCUCCAUGGCGAGUGCGGGCGACAGCUUUGAUGGCGGCGAUCAGGGCUUGCUCAAUCAGUACUAUGAGCACCGCCCUUGGAAGCGCAUCAGCUUUACCUACAAUACUACGCCCAGCGCCAACUACCAGUACGAACCCGCAUAUCGUUACUACAAGCGAGCCAUCACCAUGGUGCACUUCAUAGGACGCGAGAAGCCAUGGCAGCGCGGCCGAUCCGCAAAGGACACGCCGAGUGCCUUUCAAGAGAUGCUGGGUCGGUGGUGGACCGUAUACGAUCGCCAUUAUUCCGUGUCGACCGAUGCAUACGCUGCCGGCCAGCGUAACCAUCUCAGGCAGAGGAGUGAGCCGCAGCACAUUACAAGUACUCCUUCGGCGGCGGGAUACCCGGCCGAGACAACACAGCCUGCACCGCCGCCGCAAGAGCUACCCCAGCUCGAAAGCCAGCCAGGGUACGACACAUCACAUCAUGCAGAGGAACCAUCCGGGACUGCAACCCCGCUUAUGACUGAGCCCGGCGAACCUGCGGAGAACAUUGAACAUGGCUACACCCAACCCACGCCGACCGUCGAGCAACGACGCUUCUCCGCUCCUCACAUGGAAUGGGAUGGGACCCGCGCUGCUCCACCAACUACGUCGAGACCAGAGGCCGCUAACUUUCCCUCACAAACUUACGAGUUCACAUCAGAUCCAGCUCCCUUCCGCGCACCUUCCUCAUAUCCCGAGCCGCCAAAAGAUAUGUGGUACGACGUGCCCGCUCCUGCUCCGAAAGAAGAGAAAUUGAAGCCGCUCUUUCCGUGGGAGGAGCGUGAAGUUCGCAAACCGAGCCGCAGGUUUGUUGAAGACGAAGCUCCACCACCACCACCACCUCAGCUAGAGCACGAACCCUACGCAGACGAGCUGGAGGUCUCGGAUUCGCCCAUCACGCCAGCAAUACAAGUAAAUGWUGAUAGCCCCUGGGUCGCUUUCGCGCAGAGCCGGAAUGCUUGGGAUGAUGACAUUAAAAUUAACGACUACGUGCGUGCUCUCACGGCAUUCCAGAAGAAUCGGGCCAAUGUGCAGGUCGUUUCGAAAGAUGUCACUUCCACGACGGCAAACACGCACAUUCUCUCACCCUCCAACACCCCGGCUGCGGAAGACCUUAUCGAGGCCGUGAAAGAGCGAAGAGAGAGCUUGAUCUUGACGGACUUCCCUUCUGCCAUGGAGCGGCCUUCCCUACCAGUGACACCUGCACCGAGACGGCGACCGACUUUCUGGGGCGAUGAACGAGACACAGAUGGUGCUUUGCCUGGCGCUGAUGGUGUCCCCGACCAAGCAGAUUGGGACCCGAGCAUGCAACUUGAAUCUCUUCGCCGGAGCUCUCUCCUUGGCCCAAACGAUCUUAAAUUACCCGACCGAAAACUUUCGAAACGAUCAAUGCCCACGACUGCCGAGCCCAUGAUUUCUGAUCAGGUUCUCAACCAUCCGCAUGUUCCACUCGUCGACUACACAGAUGGCAGUAGCGACCAAAACAGACCGCGCCGAACCGUGCACAUCGAUCAAGCACCGGCGAAGGUCAUUGCGCCCGGUGGAGGAAGCAGCCCGGAUGUUUUGGACAUGAACUACUCCUUCAGGCCCGACCCUAGCCGUGCAGAGCGCACCACGAUCAACCACGAACACGACAACUCAAAGUCAGGGCCCGUCCAGAUCAAGCGCAAUAUGAGCGAAACGGAACUCAACACUGCUCUGAAUUCAGGUAGUGUAGCUGGUAUGCCCGGCGACUUUGAAGGAUCAGUGGCUCCGGAUCUCAAAGAGCAAACUCCUGGCUUCUUCACCGGAUCAAAUAUCCAAAAGUCGCUAGCCGCCGUGGACGAAGUCGAUAAAGUGAAAGAGAACGAAGCUCUCUCACCUACAUCGAAGGUAGCUUGA